AUGGGCCCGAAAGGUGAAGAGACCUACCCCCAGUCAAAAGCUCAAACGGAGCUCAACACGGGUCCGAUUCCGAUAUACGAAGAGAAACAAGAGAGAAACAGGGGCAAGUUUGGCCACGAGUUCCUCGAGUUCGAGUUCCGCCCCGAUGGCAAGCUCCGCUACGCCAACAACUCCAAUUACAAGAACGACACCAUGAUCCGCAAGGAGGUGUUCGUCUCCCGCGCCGUCCUCCGCGAGGCGAGGAGGAUCAUCCAGGAGUCCGACAUUAUGAAGGAGGAUGACAGAAACUGGCCCGAGCCCAACUACAUUGGCAGGCAGGAGCUCGAAAUCGUUAUGGGCAAUGAGCACAUCUCAUUCACCACCUCCAAGAUUGGAUCCCUUGUCGAUGUUGAGGGAAGCAGAGACCCAGAAGGCCUACGCAUCUUCUACUACUUGGUCCAGGAUCUAAAGUGCUUUGUGUUUUCGCUGAUCAGUCUCCACUUCAAGGUCAAGCCUAUUCAGUCAUGA